CGUCGCCUCGGCAUACCAUUCGUCAUGGUGAUCCAAGACGCCUGUUGGAAAUGAACACAGCCGGUCCGCCGGGCAGUGUUCAUCUCCCACCGCACAUCAACAUAGGUAAGCCCCGUGGUCUGCGCACUGCUCGCAAGCACGUCAAGAACCGCCGUGAGAACCGGUGGGCCGACAAUGACUACAAGAAGGCCAACCUGGGAACGCGCUGGAAGGCCAACCCCUUCGGAGGCGCCUCUCACGCCAAGGGAAUCGUCCUCGAGAAAGUCGGUGUGGAGGCUAAGCAGCCGAACUCGGCCAUCCGCAAGUGCGUGCGUGUGCAGCUGAUCAAGAACGGCAAGAAGAUCACGGCGUUCGUGCCGCGUGACGGCUGCCUCAACUACGUGGAGGAGAACGACGAGGUGCUGGUGGCCGGCUUCGGUCGGAAAGGCCACGCCGUCGGAGAUAUCCCCGGUGUGCGUUUCAAGAUCGUGAAGGUUGCCAACGUGUCCCUGCUCGCCCUGUACAAGGAGAAGAAGGAGCGUCCCAGGUCGUAAACCAAUACAUGUGAGGUCGUCGA